GGAACUACGGUAUGGUUGUGUGCUAAUAAGUCGGUAUCUUUUGGCCAAGAAACUCAUUUUUUCUACAGGUACUUUAGAUUCUUCCGCAAGGAUGGACCUUGAUCCUCGUCCUGAUGAAAGUCAGCCGGAAAGCUCAAGUCGUAUGCAUACUUCCCAGUCGACUUCCACGACACCUUUACAGUCCGACAAACCAAAGAAACCAUCUGUGACGCGCCGCAUGUCUUCUAAACGUCAGGUACCCCACAAAGGACAAGAAUUCUCUACAGAGGAUGAUGUACAGGAGGUAGAGGAGGACAUAGCCAUGCAACAAGCCUCCAAUACCCAGCCAUCCCCUAGGAUACGGCCUCUAAGGAAGCAGAGCUCUACUCUGAGACGAAGACUCAAUGCUCGCAUGAGCCCAUUGACCCAACCUGACUCCGACAACGAAGGUGGAGAAGAUGCCGGCUUGCCUGAUCCUGGCGUGGAAGUAGAGCCUUCUUCUCAAAUUUCCGAGAGCGAAAGCCGCAGCGGCGAUGGUGACACUGGCGUGGAUGAGGCGGAGACAAGUGAUGCGGAGAGCUUCACGUUGAAGGAUCGCCAACAAGCUAUCAACGAGACGCAUCCGUUUGGAAUAAGACUCUGGAAACCCGCCUUGUACAAGAAGAGCCGCUCAGUGGAAAAAACCGCUGAAGGUGAUAUCCAUUCAUCACCCGGUGGACGCGUGGGCAACUUUUUAUUCCUUACAAACCUUCUGUGGACGGUGUUCUUCGGGUGGUGGCUAGCACUAGCUGCUCUCACAGGCGCCGUCGCUUGCUUUGUAUUUGCAUAUUCGGCCAGUGCGAUAGAAUAUGGACGGGUAUUUUCGGGGCUUUCUUGGUAUCUGGUAUACCCCUUCGGUUCCUUCGUUCGUCUAGAUACGGACGAAAACUAUGCCGAAGAAGACGAAGGUGAAGGUCGCAGCAUCAGCGAGUACGAGCAAUGGCAGAACGGCGAUCUAGAACAUGGGAGGCUCUUCUUUGGCCCGCGACGCAACCGCUCCCUUGUUGGGAGAAGAAGAAACAGUGUCGAUUCGGCUAGUGAACAAGAUAGCCUCUUGGGGCGGACGCAAAGGGGAAGUGACCGAGAAAACUCACUAAGCCAUCCCAAACGGCGUUUGUUCGGUCGUGGCGAGUGGACUCUUGGUCGCGUUGUAUUCUUCAUCUUCUUCUACUUCCUUGUAGGACCUCUAAUGCUUCUAGUGUCACUUCUGUGCUGGUUACUUGUCUUUUGGAUCCCCAUGGGACGCGUGACAAUUAUCUUGUUUGACCAUCUUCGUCGCCAUCCUUUAGCUUUGUCGUAUCAUUCCGACACUACCUAUACCAGGCUCAGUCCUGGUUCCUCCUCUUCUAUCCUAUUGUGCACUUACCGCGCAGCAGGUCUGAGAUAUUGGAAGUACACUGUCGGCGGAACGAACAUCUUCUUGAUCAAUCUCCUCGGUGUUGUAUUAUUUGUUAUUUUUGAUUACUUUCUCCUCAGCGAGACACUGGGAAUUCAGGCUGCAAUUACGCACCCAGGUCUCAUCUUCACGCUUGCUCUUGUUUCCAUCAUCCCUUUGGCAUAUUUUAUCGGACAGGCUGUUGCCUCAAUUUCUGCUCAAUCCUCGAUGGGUAUGGGUGCAGCAGUCAAUGCCUUCUUCUCAACAAUAGUUGAAGUCUACCUUUAUUGUGUUGCAUUGACCGAAGGCAAAGGGCAGCUUGUUGAGGGCAGCAUUAUUGGCAGCAUUUUUGCAGGCAUUCUGUUUCUGCCUGGGCUCUCCAUGUGUUUUGGUGCCAUCAAGCGCAAGACCCAGCGAUUCAAUGUCAAGUCUGCGGGCGUUACAUCCACAAUGCUGAUGUUUGCGGUCAUUGCUGCAUUUGGCCCUACCCUUUUUUAUCAGAUAUUCGGUAGCCAUGAACUAAACUGCCACUCAUGCGUUCAAGCUGUGGAUUCUGAAGACAGUGAUUGUCGUCGCUGUUACUUCUCCCAAACACCGGCCGUCAACGACAGCUUUUUCCAAAAGGCAGUUCAACCUUACUCUUGGUUUGCUGCUCUGUUCUUGUUCUUGUCCUAUGUAAUUGGGUUAUGGUUCACCCUGAGAACUCACGCUGCCCUCAUCUGGGCUACGGAGACAGAGGAGAGAAAGGCAGCAGUUCUCGCAACCGAGCAGGCCUACGAGUCGAGACAUGGCGACCUUCUUCAUGUUACGGGGGGAAGUGCCGGGGGGUCUAUCACCAAAGGAUCUGUCCGUGAUUCACAGUUAUAUAAACGUAUCCUGGGGCAGUCACUGAGGCAAGUCGGUUUAUCUGAUAACCCUACUGAUUACACUACGGCCCAGUCAGACUCUAUCUCAACGAACGGCAAAAGCACAACGCCGUACCUCGUCCCUCCUCGAACGGAUUGCGAUGAUAGAAUCCCGAGGCUGAAGAGCUUUGGUGGCUUGUCUAGUGAAGAUAACGAGGUUUUGGUACGCCAGGUAACGGAAGUUGCAGCGACUGCCGCCGCUGUCGCGGCUCGUGAUGCGGCUCGAAUAAGGAAGCCCUCAGUCCAACAGGCUACUGCACGCCAAGCAAACAAAAGCCCUACUGAUCAAAUAAAGGCCGUACUUGAGGAGUGUGAUGAUAUUGGGCUGGAGACUGGUCAUGCUAGUGGUGGCCAUGAUGCGCCUAACUGGAGCAAAGCCAGGAGCUCCAUAAUUCUUCUUGGGGCUACUAUUCUCUACGCAAUCAUUGCCGAGAUUCUUGUGAAUACGGUAGAUGUAGUUCUGGAAAGUGUUGACAUUGACGAAAAGUUCCUUGGGAUCACACUUUUUGCCUUGGUUCCCAACACCACAGAAUUCUUGAACGCUAUUUCAUUUGCAAUGAAUGGCAACAUUGCGCUUUCCAUGGAGAUUGGUUCAGCCUACGCUCUUCAAGUCUGUCUCUUACAGAUUCCGGCUCUGGUCCUGUUUAGUGCGAUCUAUACUCAAGUCAUCGAUGCAUCUGAUCUGCUAAGUCAUACUUUCAAGUAUAUAUGACCUUUUCCUUUUGCCAGUGACACCUACUAAAAAAAUGUUUCUUCUUAUAGCCUCAUUUUCCCCCAGUGGGACAUGGUAUCAGUGAUUUUGUGUGUAUUUCUUCUAUCCUAUGUGCAUGGGGAAGGGAAAAGCAACUAUUUUAAAGGCUCUAUACUCGUCCUCACUUACCUUGUGGUCGUGAUUGGCUUUUACCUGUCAGGAUACAGCAACUUAGAAACGAUGGGUAUCAAUCGGUUUGAUACGCUAGCCCUUGGCUCGAACCCAGGCGAGAGGUUUUACACUGUUGGUAGGUCCAGAAGUGGAAGAGCAUUUUGAUCCCCUCGCUAUCCCCUCGCCGUCUCCCUUUUGGUCAAGAUUAAACCCGUUUCACCCCACGCUGGAGAGAGAGACCACCUGCUUGGGCGAA